AUGCUGGUUCCCCUCCCCCCGCUAGUGAGUGUCAUACGGGGCUGCCUGCCGCCGUACGGGUCUAGUGGCAGACUGAUACCCCUACCCCUGGGGGCCGCCCGAGGCUCCCCGGGUGUGUACAUGGGUCUACGUCUACGCCGUGCUUACCCGAUGGCCCUGGCCGCCCCGGGACCCGCGACCGUGAGGGUCCUUAUGGGCGACCUGGUUCUCGAUCUACCUGGGUCGCUCAUGCUGGAGGUCGCCGUCGCCGUCCUCCUUAAGGUCUGCGCAAUGGCAUCGCUGGGGUUGGACCGGGCGAUGGGACACUUCGGCGUUGGGAUGCUCCUCGUCUACUCUUACGUGCGUCUCCACCCGGCGUACUCCGUGCUCGCAGCAGUAUCACUGCAGAGAGACCGGAUGUGCCUCGUCCUGCUGGGUCCUGGGCAGGCCGACAGGGCGGUCGUAGAGUGGCUCGCGGCCGGCGGGUACCACCCUGUCGCGAGGAUGAGGCAGCUGGCGAGGAGGGGCCCCGGGUACCCCCCGUCGGAGCCUCCGGUGUCUAGGAGUGGACCAAGUUCUAAAUUCCACAAUGGUUUUCCCUUCUCUUUGAUCUACAGGAAACGAAGUCCAUCUGCAUCCAGGGAUCCAAACCAAAAAUACGACCAAGGGGAGGGGGGCGAUCACUCACAGUAUGCCCCGACGGACGGCGGCAUGCCCAGAUCACCGUCUGACUAUGGGGAUGGGGACCCCCGGCGGGCUCCGAGGGGCCCACACAUGUACCCAGAUGCAGAUGCGGCACGAAUGGGCUACCGGGACCGGCGGGGCCCUGGGCGCUGGCACUCCCAGGAAUACCCGCUGGACCAAGAGCUAGAUGGACCCAGCGAGUACGACCUCCAGCGGCAGCGGCAGGAGGAAUUCCAGACGCGUUACCGUAGCGACCCCAACCUGGCCCGCUACCCUGUGAAGCCGCAACCCUACGAGGAGCAGAUGAGAAUGCACGCAGAGGUGGGCCGCAUGAGGCACGAGCGUCGUCAUAGUGACGUCUCUCUGGCCUACACGGAGCAGGACGACCCAGGACCCGUCCGGCUGUCCCGCCAGCAUCUCACCGAGCGCCGGCCGCCCAUGGUGGGACAGCGCUCCUACUCCGUCGACCGCUCCUCCCCGGGGCCCAUGGGGGGCAGCCUCGGAGGCCACAGAUCCUCCAACCACAGUCCCCCUACGCCGCACCGCAGCCCCGUGCUGGGGGACCGAUCUGGAGAACUGCGUAGAGGGGACAUAGAUUCCAUGAGGAGGCAGCAGCACCACCUCGACCCCAGCUCGGCCGUCCGCAAGACCAAGAGGGAGAAGAUGGAGAGCAUGCUGAGGAACGACUCUCUCAGCUCGGACCAGUCAGAGUCUGUGCGGCCGCCACCCCCCAAGCCCCACAAAACCAAAAAGGGAGGAAAGAUGCGGCAGGUGUCGCUCAGCAGCUCGGAGGAGGAGCUGGCCACCACACCAGAGUACACCAGCUGUGAGGACGUGGAGAUAGAGAGUGAGUCAGUCAGUGAGAAAGGAGAUUUGGAUGGCCAUUGGUGGGACCAUGCUUCUUGGCAUAGCAGCGAGGCCUCCCCAAUGUCUUUGCACCCGGUGACGUGGCAGCCGUCCAAAGAUGGGGAUCGCCUAAUAGGGCGUAUUUUACUCAACAAGCGCAUGAAAGAUGGAAGUGUGCCUCGAGACUCAGGAGCUCUGCUUGGUCUAAAGGUGGUGGGAGGCAAGAUGACAGAAUCUGGUAGACUUUGUGCUUUCAUCACUAAAGUGAGGAAAGGAAGUCUAGCAGACACUGUUGGACAUCUCAGACCAGGUGACCAGGUGCUGGAGUGGAACGGGAAGCUUUUACAAGGAGCCACAUUUAAAGAAGUUUACAAUAUCAUUCUAGACUCCAAGCCUGAGCCGCAGGUGGAGCUGGUGGUCUCAAGGCCUAUAGGAGAUAUUCCAAGGAUACCAGACAGCACACAUGCACAACUGGAAUCAAGUUCGAGUUCUUUUGAGUCUCAAAAGGUGGAUCGCCCGUCCAUCUCCGUCACAUCCCCCAUGAGUCCCAGCAUGCUGAGGGACGCCCCCCAGUACCUGUCAGGUCAGCUCUCAAGCCAAAGCCUUAGUAGAAGAACAACGCCUUUUACCCCUAGGGUCCAGGUCAAACUAUGGUAUGACAAAGUUGGCCAUCAGCUAAUUGUCACCAUCCUGGGCGCCAAAGACCUGCCCCCCAGGGAAGACGGCCGCCCCAGGAACCCUUACGUCAAAAUCUACUUCCUCCCCGAUAGAAGCGACAAAAGCAAGAGGAGAACAAAAACGGUAAAGAAAUCCUUAGAGCCCAAAUGGAACCAGACCUUUAUGUAUUCGCCGGUGCACCGGCGGGAGUUUCGGGAGCGCAUGCUGGAGAUCACAUUGUGGGACCAAGCCAGGGUGAGGGAGGAGGAGAGCGAGUUCCUGGGAGAGAUCCUUAUUGAGCUGGAGACAGCACUUCUGGAUGAUGAGCCACACUGGUACAAGCUACAAACCCACGACGUGUCCUCCAUGCCGCUCCCACGUGCCUCCCCCAACACGCAACGCAGGCAGCUCCACGGAGAGAGCCCCACACGACGGCUCCAGAGCAGUGCUGCUCUGUAG